GAGGCCUCGCGCGGGAAGCGCUUGCGCGAGGUGGCUCGCCGCACCUGUCGCCCCUGCCGCUGAGUUAACCCGGACCCGAGCUCAGACGACCUGGUCCCGGCUGUCGGACUGGGUGUCCUUCUGACAGUAGGAUUUUGCUAUAAAAGAAAUAGCCAUAAAGAACCUUUGAAGUUGUCGAUAUAGAGAAUACCACCACAAGAAGCAACCAUGCCUAUGGAAGGAGGGAAAACUGAUAUGGAGAGGAUUGGCCUGUUCAGUGAGAUGGAAUAUGUUACUGUUGGUGAUAAAUAUGUGUCAUCAUUUAAUCGACCCUUUAAUGAGGCUGCAAGCAAAAAUAAACAGAUGCUACCUGGGGGAUCCAAAGAAAUGUCAAAUCUCCAGGCAGGUUAUUUUGAUCCCCAUUUUGUAAGGAUAUUUGAAGGUGAAGGCUAUGUAAAUCUGAAUCAAGUGAGGAGACGGCAUAUGAUGGAAGAAGCAAAAAAAAAUCUAGGCAAAGCCUUCCUCCCUAGUAGUGGAGAUAAAAAGCCAUGUGGUUUAGGAAGCUACUAUGGAACAUUAGGUGGUCCUGUGCCAUUCUUCAGUGCACAGUCAAGACCCAGAGAAAAAUAUGAGGCACCUGGAAAGAAUUUAUACACAAACCCAGGAAAGAAAGGAACUGGAUAUGGCUAUGCAAAUAUUACCAUAGGUAAACAGUUUUCACACUCUGCUGAUUUCUACGAUGCACCCAAACUAAAUUAUAAGAAAGAGAAUGAAGAACACCAUCGUUUAGUUAAAGGAACACCUUUCAAGUCAAACCUUUACCCAAGGGAAUAUUUUGAUAUCAAUCCUUAUUUGUUUGAGAAGUCUUUACCACCAAUUAAAAAAACAGAGAAGAAAGAAUUACUUGCACACCCCUUUAAGCCCUCUUCUCCCGGUAAAAAGGCUGGUGGAAUGAAGGCAGGAACAUUUGACCCUUACCCUUCACAUUCUGCUGACCCUUAUGUGGUUAAAUUGGCAAACCAGAUUUCCAGCAAAGGUGCUAAGAUUUUCCACCCACCAAGUGGACCAAAGAGCAGACCAAUUGAAAGUAUAAUGACCUUGAAUGUCAAAAGGACACUAAAUAUGAAGAACUACAAGACUGCUUCAGUACAGUCCUAUUAGCAUUCGGAAGACAAAUAACUUUCUAGGUUGUGACUACCAGUAAUUCAUUAUGGAGUGCUAAUUAUUUGCAUAAAACAUAAGAUGUGGAACAUAUCUCAAACAUUUAAAAGAUAUUUAAGCCUGCAAAUCUAAUAUUCUUCCUUGUUUUAGUACUAUUGAUGAAUAAAUAGUAUUUGUUAAUAAUUUAGUAUAUGGUUGUUGAUCUUUGUUUAGAUCUGUGUUCUGGGGAGAAAAUAAUAUUUAGACAUGUCAUAAAAUCCUGAAGUGUUGUCUAUCAUUUGAAAGCUUACUCCUAAUGUUGAAGAAUUGCAAGCUCGGAGAGCCAGAGUGAAGGCUGGGGCUAGAGGGGUAGAAACAGCACAUUAAGUUCUUACCUUGUAUUUCUUCUUAGAGGUAUUUGAAAAUUGGAUUGAUAGCUUAUCCAAGUGUCAUAGCCCAUUAAAGCAUUCUUAAUAUUCAAAGAGAAAUAUGGAUCCACUCAUAUUGCAUAGAUUCAUGUAUGCACAUUACAGAGUGAGGCAAAUGUCUCCAUUUAUGUGGUCUCAUGCCUUCUACUUAUGGCCUGUGUAAAGCUUCAUAUUAGCCGAUGGCAGCCUCAGGAUGAGUUGGAGGAAGGGAGAAUGGGGAAUGCCUUUUUAGUUGAGUAUCUUACAAAAAUACAAAGUUACAGGAUGGAUGGAAUUUGUCUUUGGUGUCCUCUUAUGCACAUUUGUAGCUGUCCAAAGCUGCCUGUCCUGGAACAUCCCCCUCUAGGUCUUAUUCUCUUGUUCCCAGAUUAUCUCUUUUUCAUUUGUCCUACCACUUUAAAACAUAUCUGUUCUUGAAAGAUAUGAUUUAAAUACAUUACUGUAAUUCACAGCGAGGUCUUUAUCAAACUGUCCUUAUUCAGUUGGGUGUGGUGGUGGUAGGAUUUAAAAAGGGAAAUUUAUAAUAUCUAUUAAUGUAAUAUAUUGGGGAAGUUAUUUUUGAUCCAUGGUGACUUCCUUAGUACUUGUCCCUUUGCCAUUCUAGGCUUCUCAGAGCUGGAAAUCAGAAUGUAUAGAGACUGCAGUACUCUUCUUUCCAACUUGCUUUUUUUUUUUUUUCCAGGGGGGGAUACUAUGUCAAUUCAGAUGUAUCUGGAUUUUAAAAGGAUUAAAGAUGGUACACAGAAUUUUUACUAUUGUAAAAUAUAGUAAUAUAUAUAUAAUAUAUAAUAUAUAUAUUUUUAUAUCUCAUAUGAUUUACUUUUUUCUAAAAGAAUAUUUAAAAUCUUUAUUUCCUAUGCAAAGGACAGUGUAGAAUGAACAUCUUAAAGAUAUUAUCAAGGAUAUAAUGUGAUCCAAAGGGAAUACGUUUGUCUUUAGGAAUAAUUUUACCAGGUGCACAUAACUGAAUGAAAGUCAUAUAUAUUGAUAAGUGUUACUAAAUAAGCCUUAUAAAUGUAUGCAUUCUUUUGAGAUGAGGUUUAUAUUUUCAGAUUUUAUUAAAAUUUAAAUAAUUGCUCAUUUACACUUACGCCUUCAUUGGCUGUAAUUAAUUUUUAUUGAUGUGCCUCCAAUAAUAACACACACUUCACAUAAUAUUCAUAGAUGGGAAUGCUCAUCUGAUGCCUUACUGGGGGGCAUAAGAAGCAGUAUGACAGUUGGCAGAACUUAUUUAGAGUUUACAUAAAUGCAUAGUGUCCAUUUACAGAAAAGCAAAUGCAGGAACCAGUAACAGGAAUAGUGAAGCCUGUAGAAAAACUAAGAUAUUUGAAAUGAUAAUAAAGGAGCACACACACUUGAUUUAAGGGGCAUAAACUAUUUAUGUAUCUAUUGAUUAUUUUCUUUUUCUCUUUUCUUUACUCUUUCUUUUCUUUUUAAGAUUUUACUUAUUUAUUUAGAGAGAGCAUGUGUGUGAGUAGGAGGAGGGGAAGGGCAACGGGGGAGGGGAGGGCAAAGGGAGAGGGAGGGAGAGAAUCUCAAGCAGACACUGCACUGAGCAUGGAGCCCCACUCGGGGCUCCAUCUCACAACCCUGAGAUCAUGACCUGAGCUGAAAUCAAGAGUCGGACACUUAACCGACUGAGCCACCACCCAAGUGCCCCAGCCUUUUGUUAUUUAAAUUGUCUUGGUCAUAGAAAAAUAUGAAAAGAGUUUCCAUUUAUUUUAUGAGGCUAGCAUAACUGGACAAGGAUAGCUAAAAAGGAAAAUAAUAUUUCUAACUCAUUAAAAAAACCUCAAAAUCAAGUAUCAGCCAAUAAAUCCACAUUUUAAACGAUCAUAAAAUAAGAUUGAUUAUUCUAUGACUACUGCAAUAGCUUGACAUUAGUGGAUCUAUUAUAAUUAGCUUAAGUAAUAUAUUAAAAUGGAAAAAAUACACGUCCCCCCAAUAGAUGCUGGAGAGCCAUUUGACAAAAUUAAAUACCCUUUCCACUUAAAACCUCUUAGGACAUGAGGAUUAGGAAGAACCUUUCUUAAUUUUUAUAAAGGAUAUAUCAGAAUCAUAACAAACAUUAAGCUAGAGCCAUCAACAACUCUAACUCUGUGCUUUAGAAAAUACAGUUAAUGCAGUAAGAUAAGAAAAAGCCCUGAGGGGAAUAAAGGUUACAAAAAGAAAUACAACAUUGUUCCUUGCAGGUGAUAUAGUUACCUACCUACAAUGUAAAAGGAAACUAUUGAACAAUAUUAGAAAUAAUAAAAUAGUCCAAUUAACAGGAUGUAUAUAUAGUUUUCUGCAAAAAAAGAUAGUUUUUAAAAAAUAUGUCAGGAAGUGUGAAACUAUUCUAUGUACAAUAGAAAAAAGCUAAGGAAACUUAGGGUUAAAAUGAAAAUUUAAAGAAUGGCUGAACAAUACGCCAUGUUCUAGGGAGACUCAAUAUUGUAAAUAUGCUAUUUCUCUUUACUACAUCAAUAGAUUUAAUGCAAUUCAAUUAAAAUCUCUACAGAAUUAAAAAUAAUAAAACUUGACUAGCUACUUCUAAAUUUUAUUUUGAAGAGGAUAUUUGUCCCAACCAAAAAUAUACUAUGAGGCUGUUUAUAACAUAAUUACAACACUAAUAUAUUAGGGGAUUCCACUUAAAACUGGCAGGUAGAACACAUUUAUUUGCUGGCUUUCUUUCUCUGACACUAAAAAUAUAAUACUAAAAUAAUGAGCCCAGAGAAAUGAAAGAAGUUUCAAAAAAAAAAUACAAUAGACCAAAAAUAAAUAAUAAAAAAUAAAUAAAAAGUAAGAAUAGAGCUAGAAACAUUUAAAGUGUGUUGAGGAAAGACUUUUUCAGUCUAUUUCUUUUUUCUCCUACCUCCUUCCUAUUCUCAGUACUUUCCCAGUUUGGGUAGCCCAGAAUUUUACCCCCAGAUAUUUUUUAGGGCUCCAAGAGUAAGGUUCUUAUUCUGGCAUUAUUCUCAUAAUAAUACUUACCCUGGUUACUUUUUUUUAUUUUUUAUUUUUGGAGGGCUCCAUAGCCUAACGUGUGGCUCUCUACUUAUACACCUUAAAGUGAGGAAUGGCUAGUCAAUAGUACUGUACACACAUACCCUAGUCACAGGCAGCUUUUCUAGAGAUGGGGGAGAUUCAGUGAGAAAACAUUCCUACAGUUACCAGCUACCUAGAGAGAUUGCUGCUAUGUUCUGUCCAUUCAGAGGACUUUCUAAAUUUCCCAAACUUGACUGUCCCAAAUUGGCUUCUGGCCGAGAUAGAGUAAGAGGGGCUGGACUUAUUCUCCUUCCUUAAACAAUUGAAAACUGUACAAGACAUACACAACCCCUCUUCUUAGACAUUGGACACAGUGCAGGACUGUCAUCAAUGAGAAAGAGGAAACAACUGAGGUGAGUCCUGCAAUUCCUUUUUAUUUGGAGGCACUUUCUGGACUAUAGAGGAUAGAGGGGAAUCUCCAAGUAUGGUAGCCUUGCUCAUAUGAGACAGAAAUUGGAACUCAGAGAGUCUAAAGUGUCUGGAAUUUGUGGGGUAGAGUUCUAGAGAGGAAAGGGCUACAUAGGAAAAGAGUUCAGACUUGUGCACUGGAGUCCCCUUAAUUCUGCUGACUGCUAAGGCACCCAUAGGGUUAAAUUCCAUGAAGGAAGGCAAAGGACAACUGGGGACCUGUCAGUUAACUGGUUCCCACAGCUUACAUAGGGCCGGGAAUCAUUUGAGGAUGGGAAGUUCCCACCAGCCCAUGGAGGGUCUUUGUCAGUCUCUUAGGGCAUUCAGUGGAGAUCCCAGAGGAUCUAGACUACACUAGACGUUGCGCUACACCCACCCUAACAAAAAUUUUAAAACAAGCCUCAAAAGGAUCAUAUUGAAACAGAAGUAACUAAUCUCAACAGAACUACCCCAUUUUCUGUAGAGGAAAACAAAACAAAAAUCUAGACAAUUAACAAUAUGAAAUUUACAGUGUUUGCGUUCCAAUAAAAAGCUACUAGACAUACCAAGAAGCAGGAAAACGUGACCCAUAACCAGAAAAAAUCAGGCAUUAGAAACAAGCCCACAAGUAGCAGAGAUGGAGUUAGCAGCAAGGACAUUAGAAUAGCUAGUAUAACUAUGUUAAUGUAUUUAAAGGAAAAUAUGAGUGCAAUGAGGAGAGAAAUUGAAGGCAUAAACAAGACCAAGUGGAAAAUCUAGAGAUGAAAAAAUAUCUGAAAUGAAAAUUUUCAGUAAAUGGGAAUACUAGCAAAUUAGACAUUGCAAAAGAAAAAAAAAAACAAAACUAGUGAACUUGACGAUAUAAAAAUAGAAAAUAUCCGGGGCGCCUGGAUGGCUCUGUCAUUAGGCAUCUGCCUUCGGCUCGGGUCAUGAUCCCAGGGUCCUGGGAUCGAGCCCCGCGUCGGGUUCCCUGCUCUGUGUGAAGCCUGCUUCUCCCUCUCCCACUCCCCCUGCUUGUGUUCCUGCUCUCGCUCGCUCUCUCUCUCUGUGAAAUAAAUAAAUAAAAUCUUUAAAAAAAGAAAAUAUCCAAAAUGAAACACACAGAGAAAAAAGACAAAAAAAAUGAAAGGAAUGUCAGUGAGCUCUAGAACAGUAUCAAGUAUCAUAUGUGUUACCAAGUCUUAGAAAGUAGCAGAGAGAAAAAGAUUUGAAGAAAUAGUGGCUGAAAUUUUCCAAAUAUGAAAAAAGUUAAAAACCCCAAUCUAAGACGCCCAAGGAAUAAUAAGCAGGAUAAGCAUAAAGAAAAUGCACACCAAGACACAUCAUAAUAAAAUUAUAGGAAAGCAGUGAUAAAGAGAAAAAUCUUAACAUCUGCCAGAGAAAAAAAGACUAUGAUAAUUCUUAUCAGAAAUGAUGCAAGUCAGGAAAAGAAUGACAUCUUCAAAGAGUUCAAGGAAACUCAAUUCAGAAUUCUAUUUUCACUGAAACAUUUUUCAAAAAAUUAAGGUGAAAUAAAGACUGAGAAAGAGAAGAGGUGGGACGUGCAUUACAAGAAAUGUUAAGGAAAGUUUUCAGGUAGAAUAAAAAUGAUCAGAUGGAAACGUGGGUUUAAAGGAUGCUAGGGGGGCAUCUGGCUGGCUCACUUGGUAGAGCAUGUGAUUCCUGAUCGCAGGGUUGUGAGUUCAAGCCCCAUGUUGGGCGUGGAGCCUACUUAAAAAAAUAAAUAAAAUUUUAAAAAUGAAAAAAAAAAAAAAAAGGAUGCUAGAAAUGGUAAAUAGAAAAAACUUCUUUUCCCCUCCUGGUUUAAUUUCUUUAAAAAGUUAGAGGUAACUGGGGCGCCUGGGUGGCUCAGUUGGUUAAACAACUGCCUUCGGCUCAGGUCAUGAUCCUGGAGUCCCGGGAUCGAGUCCCGCAUCGGGCUCCCUGCUCGGCGGGGAGCCUGCUUCUCCCUCUGACCCUCCCCCCUCUCAUGUACUCUCUCUCAUUCUCGCUCUCUCAAAUAAAUAAAUAAAAUCUUAAAAAAAAAAAAAGUUAGAGGUAACUUAUUAUUUAUAGUAAAACUAUUAAAAAUUUGUUGGGUUUAUAACAUAUAUAAAAGUAAAGUCUAAAUAACAGUAGCACAAAGAAUGGGAGGAGGGAAAAAAAGAUAUGUUAUUAUAAAAGUCUUCCAUUGUAUAUGAAUUGCUAUAAUAUCAUUUGAAGAAAAUCAGUAGUAAACUAAAAAUAUAUAACUCUAGAGCAGCCUUUAAAAAGUAAACAGAGAUUUCUGAUAAGACAAAUUGGAGAGAAACUGUAAUCCUAAAUACUUAAUUAAUCCAAAAGAAGGCAGGAAAAGAUAAAAGGAACAAAAUAGAUGGGACAAAUAGAAAUCAAAUACAUAGAAAUCAAUUACAUUAAACAUUGAUAAUUACAUUAAAUGUAAAUAGCUAAACACUGCAACUUAAGGGCAUAGAUUGUCCAGACUUGGUAAAAAGAAAGACCCAUUUACAUGCUUUCUAAAAUAAACCCACUUUAAAUGUAAACACAUAGAUAGGUUAAAAGUAAAAGGGUGUAGUUUUUUAGUUUAGUUGUUUAUAUUGGCAAUGGUUUCAACACAAAUAUUCUAUUUUGUAACUGUUAAGUCUCACAGUUCUUUAAUCUUAGUUCUGUAUUUAAAUUGAUACAAUGCUCACCUUCCUUUACUCCUUUUUUCAAUACCUGAAUUCAUUCUCUUUUUUUGCCAUUUAUAUAAUUUUAUAAUAAAGGAAAAUAUGAGACCAUAGUUUUUCACAUUUGUAAGCAUCAAUACUUUUUAAAAAAUAAUUUUUAUUUGAAUGUAGUUGACACACAAUGAACAUUAAUUUCAGGUUUACAACAUAGUGAUUUGACAAAUUUAAACAUGUUAUGCUCACCACAGGUGUAGCUAUCAUCUGUCACCCACACAAUGCUGUUAUAGUAUCAUUGACUAUAUUUCUUAUGGUGUGCCUUUUAUUCCUGUAACUUAUUCAUUCCAUAACUGGAAUUCUCCAUUUUCCACUCCUUCACCCAUUUUUCCCUACCCCCUGCUCUUUCUCAAAAUUACUUUGGCUACUCAGGGUCUUUUGUGAUUCCAUGCAAAUUUGAGUAAUUUUUGUUCUAGUUUUGUGAAAAACGGUGUUGGUGUUUUGAUAGGUAUUGCAUUCAAUCUGUAGGUUGCUUUGGGUAAUAUGGACAUUUUAACAAUAUUAAUUCUUUUAACCCAAGAGCAUUGGUUUGUGUCAUCUUCAAUUUAUUUCAUCAAUGUUUUAUAGUUCUCAGUGUGUAGGUCUUUUACCUCUUUUGUUAGGUAAAUAAUAUCCUAGAUAUUUUAUUCUUUUUGGUGCAAUUGUGAAUGGAAUUAUUUUCUUAAUUUCUCUUUAUGCUACUUCAUUAUUAGUGUAUAGAAAUGCUGCCAAUUUCUGGGUAUUAAUUUUGUAUCCUGCAAAUUUACUGAGUUCCUUUAUUACUUAUAGCAUUUUUUUUUUUUUUGUGAAGUCUUUGGGGUGUUCUAUGUAUAGUAUCGUCAUCUGUAAAUAGUGAUGGUUUAACUUCUUUGCAAAUAUGGAUGCUUCUUAUUUCUUGUCUGAUUGCUGUGGCUAGGACUUCCAGUACUAUGUUGAGUAAAAGUGGCAAGAGUGGACAUCCUUGUCUUGUUCUUGAUCUUAGAAGAAAAGCUCUCAGUUUUUCUCCAUUGAGUAAGAUGUUAGCUGUGGAUUUUUUUUAAAAAUGGCCUUUUUUAUGUUUAGGUAUAUUUCCUCUAAACCCAGUUUGUUGAGAGGUUGUUUUUUUUUUUUUAUCAUGAAAUGAUAUUGAAUUUUAUCAAAUGUUUUUUUCUGCAUCUAUUGAGAUGAUCAUAUGAUUUUUAUCCUUCGUUUUGUUGAUGUGGUGUAUCACACUGAUUUGUGAAUAUUGAACCAUUCUUGCAUCCUCAAAAUGAAUCCCACUUGGUUGGGUGAAUGAUCCUUUUAAUGUAUUGUUGAAUGUGGUUUGUGAUUUUAUUAUUAUUUUUUUUAAUAUUUCAUUUAUUUGAGAGACAGAGCGAGUGAGCAUGAGUGGGGGAGGGGCAGAGGAAGAGGGAGAAGCAGACUCCCUGCUGAGCAGGGAGCCCGAUGCAGAACUCAAUCCCAGGACCAUAGGAUCAUGACCUGGGCUGAAGGCAGACGCUUAACUGACUGAGCCAACCAUGUGCCCCUUUGUUGAGGAUCUUUGUAGCCAUGUUUUCUUUUUUGUGGUGUCUUUGUCUGCUUUUGGUAUCAGGGUAAUGUUGGCCUCAUAGAAUGUAUUUGGAAGCUUUCCUUCCUCCUCUAUUUUUUGGCAUAGUUUGAAGGAAAUAGGUUUUAACUCUUCUUUAAAUGUUUGGUAGAAUUUACCUGUGCAUCAUUCCGGUCCUGGAUUUUAUUUUUUGGUAGUUGAUUACUGAUUAACUUUUGUUAAUAGUAAUUGGCCUGUUUGGAUAUUUAUUUCUUCCUGAUUCAGUUUUAGAACACUAUGUGUUUCUAGGAAUUUAUCCAUUUUCUAGGUUGUCCAAUUUGUUGACAUAUAAUUUUUCAUGGCAUUCUUUUAUAAUCCUUUGUAUUUCUGUGAUAUCAGUUAUUACUUCUGUCUUGUUUCUGAUUUUAUUUAUUUGGGUCCUUUCUCUUUUUUUCCUUGAUGAGUCUGGCUAAGAGUUUAUGAAUUUUCAUUAUUUUUUCAAAGAACCAUCUCUUGGGUUUCAUUGAUGUGUGUGUGUGUAUUUGUCUGUCAUUUAUUUCUGCUCUGAUCUUUAUUAUUUCCUUCCUUCUAUUCACCUUGGGUUUUGUUUCUCUUUUUCUAGUUCCUUUAGGUGUAAGGUUAGAUUGAGCCUUUUCUUUUCUUUUUUUUUUUUUUUCUUGUUUCUUGAGGUAGGCCUGUAUUGCUAUAUAUUCUUAGAACUCAUUUUGCUGGGUCCCAAAGAUUUUGAACCAUCGUGUUUUCAUUUUCAUUUGUUUCCAUGUACUUUUUUAUUUAUUCUUUGAUUGCUUCAUUGACCUACUGGUUGUUCAGUAUCAUGUUGUUUAGCCUUCACAUCUUUGUGUUUUUUCUUGUGAUUUAGUUCUAGUUUCAUACCUUUGUGGUCAGAAAAGAUGCAUGGUAUGAAUCUAAUCUUCUUAAAUUUAUUGAGGCUUGUUUGGUAGCCUAACAUGUGAUCUCUUCUGGAGAAUGUUCCAUGUGCAUUUGAAAAGACUGUGUAUUCUGUUGUUUUUGGGUGGAAUGUUCUGUGUAUGUUGUGUCUACUUGGUCUAAUGUGUCAUUACAAGACAGUUGCUUAUGGAUUUUCUGUCUGGAUGAUCUAUCCACUGAUGUAAGUGGGGUGUUAAAAUCCCUUACUGUUAUUGCAUUACUGUCAAUUUUUCUCUUUGUUAAUAUUUGCUUUAAGUGUUCCUGUGUUGGAUAUGUAGAUAUUUACAAUUGUUAUAUCCUCUUGUUGGUUUGAUCCCUUUAUCAUUAUGUAAUACCCUUCUUUGUCUCUUGUUACAGUCUUUGUUUUAAAGUCUGUUCUGUGUGAUAUAAAUAUUGCUACUCUGGCUCCCCCCCUCCCCAACAUCCAUUUGCAUGGUAACUGUUUUUCCAUCCCUUCACUUUCAGUUUGUAUGUGUCUUUAGGUCCAGCAGUGCAGCGGAAGCUGAAGUAGACACAACCCAAAGUGUCCCAAGAUUCUUUGUGUUGAUGGCACCCUGACAGGACAGCUGAAGCUGAUGUGGGUAUAAGCUGGGGUGCCCUGGGAUGCUCUGAGUAAGGUGUGCCCAAAGCUGGAGGGGAGCUGAAGCCUAGGUGGUUAUGUUAGGCCAGCAGGUCCCUUAGCUCACUGCACAGAGGAUGCCCUGGCAGCA